AUGUCUACGAACACAUUAGAAGAAAUUGAAUUUCUAUUAGCACUUCAAAAAUUUACAGUGCAUUGUGUUUCUAACCAAUGUUCAUCGAAAAUCAAAUCCUAUUGUAUAGAUCUUUUGAUUGCUGUUACACAUCUUCCAAAAGUCUAUAUUGGUCAUAAAAUUCAACUUGCUUUAGCACUUGAAACUGUUUCUCUAAGAAAUGAAACAAGGUUGAUAUUAAAUGAUUAUAUGAAUAUUAUUUCUCAUUUAAUUUAUCUUGCUCGAUCAAAUUUAAACUCAGAAGAAGAGAAAAAAUGUGCAAAAUGGACAGGAAUUGAUUUAGUGUCAUUAUUAAAUCAAUGUGAAAAUCGUUUUAAAAAACAAUCUUAUUCAUCAACAGUUUGGAUUGAAAUUUUGAAUGAAACAAGCAUGUUUUCUAUUGUUUAUUCAUCUACUCAACAUCAUCUUUUUGACUUGUGCAAAAGAAAACAUGGUUCAGAUAGAUGGCAUAAUAUUUUAAUUAUAACAAGAGAACAAAUUGCUGGAUAUGGAACUGAUUUUAUCAAACUUUCAUCAAUACCAUCAAUGCCUUUAGAUAUAGCUAUUGAUUUAACUGAUGGACCAUUGAUACUGUCUGAUGUUCGUAUUACAUUUUUUAAUCAUACUGAUAGAUGUAUACCUAUAUUACCUGAGAAAUUAACACCACAACAUUCUUGUUAUAAUACAUCUUAG